AUGUACAUCAUCACCUACGAUCACGACAUAUUCUGCAACACGAUACCCUUUCUGUUGGCAUUAUUAUCUGCCACAAUGACGAGCUGCGUUACGAGAUUCUUACGUUGA